ACUAACAUUCUACCAUGCUUUCACCACCCAAAAUUUUUUCAUACAUCCAUUUUACUUUUUGUUUUUCUAUUCCUUAAUUUCCCAAGGGAGAGAGACAGUAAACUGGACCAUCAGAGAGAUAUAUAACAUAAAAAGCUGCAAAGCUUCCAUAACCAUUUCUCUUCCAAAUUUUCCUUCUGAGAAAAAAGCAUAUUAAUGAUAAUGUCCUUUCCCAUUUUCUUCUUCACUCUUCUACCUUUACUAUUCCACUAUUCUCAUUGCACCACCAUUCUAGUUGAUGGGUCUUCAGAGUGGAAGAACCCCACAGUUCACAUUGGAGAUUCCAUCAUUUUCAAUCACAAGCAACACCACAACAUCUACAUUUUCAAGAACCAGAAAGCCUUUGACCUCUGCAAUUUCACACAAGCAACUCUUCUCACCAACCCCAACACUGCUUCCUACAUGUGGCAUCCAUCACGGCCUGGUUUCUUCUACUUUAGCUUCAAUGAUGGGUCUCUCAAAGCAUGUCAAGCUUCUCAGAAGCUAGCAAUUAAGGUCAUCACUUCAGUAGCAGCGGCAGCCACACCACAUGCUUCAGCAAUGCCUCCAGCUCCAUUUUCUGGUGAAGUGUCACCAUCUCCUUUAUAUCCAUGGCAUUACAAUAAUCCUCUGCAUGCAGCUUCACCUGGUCCUUCACCUUCAGCAAGUGUGACAGCUCCAAUGGUGCCAUAUAAAAGUAGCAGCAUGCCCUUUAUUAGCAGUAACCCUGCAGUUCCUCUUCCCACUGAUGAAGUUGACUCUGCUUCUUCUAUACACCCUCUUCCCACCUCUAGUGGUCAUGAACUACAGGUGAUGAUUGGAUCUUUUGGACUUCUGAUAGUUGUGCACACCAUUACUUUACUGCUGCUAUAAGAUGUGCGAGAUAGGGAGUGAAUAGGGUGUGGGACCAGAGAUUCUGAUUAAGUCUAAAGUAGCUUUUAAGACAUUAUUAUACCUUGUAUUAAGAAACUUUAAGACAUGAUUAUACCUUGAUGCUCUUACAUUUUCUUUCAGAUUGUUGCUGCCACUUUUUGUUCUUUGGAUUUGGAGCAUAAUUGAUUACCACAUUUGUUUUAAUACCUCAAUUUCCUCACUCACCAUAUGUCACUUUCUGUGUUCAUGGUACAUUUUGGGGUCCCCAACACCUAUUAAUUCAUCAUGUGUCCAUCCAGCUUAGCCUAGUUGACCAAUGCAUGCUGCAACAAAGCCACAUGGUGGUGGGGGAGCUAUGAGCUAGAGGUUGCAGAGUUUCUACUGCACCACUAGGUCUCUGACAGAAAUUAAUUGUUGCUCCAAUCUAUAUAGUUUACUAAGAGUGUUUUAUAUAUCUAAGACUAUUAUUAGUGAGAAUAUUUAGUAAUUUCUAUUA